AUGUACUCUUCAUUAUUUACAGGUUUGGUGUCCCUUGCAUUCACUGGUUCUAUUGGAAUGACAUUUGUUAUAUUGGCAUGUGCUUUACCAGCAUAUAAUGUAUGGUGGCCAUUCUUUGUAGUCCUCUUCUAUGUAUUGAGUCCGAUUCCAACAAUGGUUGCCAGACGUUACUCAGACAGUGCUGGUGGUACCAAUAGUAGCUGCAUGGAGUCUGCCAUAUUUGUCACCAUGGGUUUUCUGAUCAGCUCCUUUGCUCUACCUAUAGUUCUUGCACAUGCGGGCACUAUUGCAUUAGGAGCAUGCUUUUUGACACUAGCUGGCAACGUCAUAGUAUAUCUGACCAUCCUUGGAUUCUUCACAAUUUUUGAUUCUGAUGACUCGGAUUAUGCAAUGUGGUGA